CGGACCGGCUUUACCCGGGAAUUAAAUAGUGUAUUGUAAUUGGCCGGGGGGAGCUACACACCGCCGUGGCUUCAAAGGCCUUUGUUCCAGUCGCAUCCCUAAUUCGGGUCACGUUGGAAAGAAGAAGAAGAAGGAUGAAGGAACCAUCGAAGAAGAGCGAGAUCGAGUACUGCAAGGUGUGCCGAUUGCAUCACGACCACGGCUCGCGCCACAAGUACUUCCCUCGCCACAAGGACCUCCUCUCUACCUUCCUCGAUCGAUUCCGGACGAAGAUUGCUGACGUCAGAUUCUUCCUGAAGAACCCUAGCGUUCUGCGGCCACAAGAGCAGUCGCAAAACCGUGUUUGGUGUGUCUUUUGUGAUGAGGACAUUGUUGAGCUCGGCAGCUCCUUCGCCUGUUCUAAGGCAAUCAACCACUUCGCAAGUUCGGAUCAUCUUAAGAAUGUCAAGCAAUUUCUUUCGAAAAAUGGUCCGGCGAUGGAUUGCAUUGACGAUUUCCGUAUUUCAGAAGCUAAUGUAGCUACGUGGAGAAGAAAAUGCCAGUCAUUGGGAAGUGAAGAUGCAUCCUCUUUUAAAGGGUCCUGUGAGCAGCUGUCUGGGACAUCUAAUGAUAUCCACAAUAAACUUGCCUUUAAAACUAUGGAUAAAAUUGAAAAUGUUCCUGCACAACUUAUAAAUUCACAUCAUUCCAGUGAUGUUUUGCCUUUACAGUAUAAUACGAAUAAGUAUCAGAUAUCACAUUCAGAGCUUCCUGGAGUUGCACAUUAUGGUUCAUAUCUGAACAUGGAUUCUUCUCACCUCCCUUUACAUACUGAUCCGCCGAGUAAUUUACCAGGGAACGGGUUUGGCAAACAUGUCAUUCCUUCUAGAAGCAAGGAUUACCCAAGCAGUCAAGAUCAGGAGAGGAAACAAAUUAAGGGCAGUUACAGUUCUCCAGGUGAGGUGGGAAUGACUAGCAUUUCUUCCUCCCAUUCGAGCGAUGCUUGCGGGAAUGUUCACUCUGGAGCUCCUCCACCAUGGCUGGAUGCAAAUGAUGGGAAUUCUUCUAAUGUUCAACUAAACCAAUCAGACAUGAGCAGCAGCUUUCAGGCAAAGAUACCUGGAAAUACUCGUAAGCUGAAUCCUAAUAGGGUUGGCGCUGCAUGGGCUGAAAAGAGAAAAAUAGAGAUAGAGAUGGAGAAGAGGGGACAGACAAUGAAUAGUAAGGUUGAUGCAGAGUGGCUUCCCAACUUUGGUCGAGUUUGGCAAUCAGGCACGCGAAAAGAAUCCAGGAAAGAAUUUGAGAAGGAAAAACGGAAGUUGGUCAAAACUGAAAGCAUCUCUACAGAAUCAGAACCAGUCAAAAUACAACCGUACAUUAGCAAACGGGCGCGAAGAGAGACUGGUGAAAAUGGCUCUGGCUGACAUCCAAGAUGGCAACGAGUACAGAUUAUUUAUGUAGGAAUUUUAUAAUCAUCUUUUGCUCCAGUGUAUGUCAAGCUAUGAAAGAAUUUUAGAGGUAUGUGAACCUGGAUACUCCUUUGAAGUAGUGUGAAAAUUGGAUGGAAUCUUUUUUUUUGGUACGAAGAAAGGGUUAAAGUAUUACGUAGCUUUGUGUAAUAAUGAAAUAUAGCAUAGAGAAGGCCUCUCUGUGACUAUUUGAUCUU